AUGGAGAAUAUUUUGGCAGGAAAUCCAUUGCUAAACCUCAAUGAGCCUGCAUCCUCAUCAGCGAAUGGCGGCGAUUUUAAAGUUAAGCGAAGAUGGGAUGAUGAUGUCGUCUUCAAGAACUGUGCUAAAGGUAUUGAUGAGAGAAAGAAAGAAUCUACAUUUAUCAAUGACGCAAUUCGCUCGGAGUUUCAUCGGAAGUUCAUGGAUAAAUACAUAAAAUACAUGAAUGGGGCAAAAGCUGCUACUGCUGAGGACGUUGCUGCUACAACUGCUACACGUAUGGAUGAUGUGAAAAUGAAUGAACGCAUUGUCGUAUGGCGAGUAGUCAACGGAGAGCGGAGAAGAGUCCUUGCUACUUUGCUGAAAAAGAGAACCCGCGAGUCGAAACAUGAAUUUGGUGAAACGAAUGGCGAAAAGUGCGAUCCUGAAGCGAAUGCUGCUUCUAAUGAGGCCAACAAUAUGAAGAAUGAAAGUUUGGAGUAUUUUGUGCAUUUCGAUGGUCAAGAUCGGAGGCUUGAUCAGUGGAUCAGUGGAGAUCAGUACGUCGAAUUUUGUUAG